AUGGCGAGCGUCGGCAACACAUCAGCAACUAAGCCCAUCGCUACCACCUCUUUUGAUACCGCUCUUUGUGUUAUUCCUCCCUUGAACCAAUGCACCGAAAUCAAUACGCUGCGAUCACUUUACGAUAAGAGUUGGGGAAGGUGGCCUCAACAUAUCAAUCUUGUCUACCCCUUUGUGCAUCCGGAAAAGCUGCCUGAAGCAAAGGUCCGAAUCGAAGCUGCCCUUAGCAGCUCUGCAUCCGUGGCCAGCCUCGGUGCUAGUCUCGAGCAGCCAGGAUACUUCGAACAUCGAAAGGAGUAUACAGUCUUUCUUGGGGAGAGCGACUCACCAACGACUGCCUUGGAAAGCUUGCGAUGCACUGUAUUGGAAGCGCUGGGUCAGCCGUCGACACCGUACAAGUUGCAUCUUACGGUUGGACAAUCUGUGGAUAAAACCGAAGCAGCGCGGGACUUCUUGCUGGACAAAGUGAGGCGGCUUCCUUGUCUAAAAUUCCCCAUAACAAGCCUCGCAAUACUGGUUCGGGAAACCCCGGCGAAGCAUCAGAGAGAAGCCAGUCGUAUGAGGCUUUGGGGAGUCAUUUCACUUGGAUCGGCGGAAUUCAUACCGAAACCCUCUGAAUUCUGGCUUUCAUAUCCGAAUGAGCGAGGUCCUACUUCUAGGCCGGACAGUGCAGUUGCAGAGCACGGGUUUGAUGGUGCGCACGCCCUGCCCGCAGACAGAAGAGCCCCAUCGGAAGUCGCCUAUGCUUACAAUCAGGGCACAUGGGCUCCUUGUGCCGGAGAAGAAUGCACUAUAAACUUGGAUCGGUCCUUGACCGUCUCGAGCUAUAACGUUCUGAUCGAUUCGGAAUAUCCCCCGGCUCGUGAAAGAGACCCGCUUUUGCUUGAAGCCAUACUGUCCGACACCGCAGCCGCUGAUAUUCUGGUCCUCCAGGAGGUGUCCGAUGACUUCCUGUCCUACAUCCUGGCCACACCAGAGAUACAACGGCGUUACCCCUACUGUAGUCACGGUUCCCCUGACCAACCAGACACUGGUCCACUUCCGAAUCUUCGCAACAUUGUACUCCUAAGCCGCAUGCCAUUCACGUGGGAGACGGUGCCGUUCCAGAGAAGGCACAAAGGCGCAUUGGUGGCUUCUUUUGGAGCCUCCGAGAACGGACCCUCAGAUUUUCACUUCAUAGUUGCUGGCGUUCACCUCACAUGCGGCCUCACGGAUGGCUCCGUAGCGGCCAAAAAGGCGCAAUUACAGAAUUUGCUAUCCUUUCUUCAGCAGCGGCAUUCAACUAAACCGUGGAUCAUUGCUGGAGACUUCAAUAUCACGACUUCCACAUACACCAUUGAAUUUGCUCUCAAGCACAGAUCGAUCACUCAGGAAACAGGUAGUACUCUCAGAAACAUAGAGACCAUGAUAGCUGAGGCAGAAUUGCUGGAUACAUGGUCAGUGGCCAGGAUCGAGGCUACUGAUGACCCGCUUCCGGAACCUGACGAUCUGUACGACGGAGAGUUCGGGGCCACCUUCAAUCCCAGAACGAACAUCCUCGCGGCAGCCACGUCGGGAACUUCGAAUAACCGCCCACAGAGAUAUGAUCGUAUACUUCUGCGGGGAAUGGAUAAGCUUCGCAUCAGUCAGUUCAACCACUUCGGUCUGCCAGGAGACAAAAGCGAUCGCUCUGGGACACCAAGCGAUCACUGGGGGAUAAGAGCAUCCCUUCAACUCCUGCCGCGUACUGGAGACUGUGCUGGCAAUGAGUCCCAGCCGUUGAAGCACCGUCCUAUUGACCUACAAGAUGUGUCCACAGGACUGACGGAUCCCUGGGACCUUCAUGCCGCUCUCGCCGCUCGCGGGAUGAUCCCUACUGAAGAAAAUGUCGAAGCGUUCAAAUCUGCCUUUACGCGCCUUAAGGAUGUCCUCCUUGGGCCCACUGAGGAAAGGAUGCCUCAAGUCCCCCUGGUCAUAAUCCCUGUCGGUUCCUACGCCCUGGAUGUAUGGACGUCCACCUCUGAUAUUGACUGCCUGUGUGUGGGCACAAUGAGCCCCAAAACCUUCUUCAAGCUCGCUCGUCAACGGAUACGCAGAGCGGGAGUGUCCGGUAUUCGUCUGAUAAGGAAGGUGGAAGCGAAAACAGGUAUUAUGUUUGAGCUUACUGUCAGAGGCAUCAACGUUGACUUGCAAUACUGCCCGGGUGGCCGUCUUUUGGAAAGGUGGUCUGAACUCCCCAAUUUGCAUCCCACAGAUCCGGUUUUCGACCUGCCGAUGCUUUCCUUGCGGAAACUCAAACCAUAUCGCGAUCUCGUAUAUAUCCAGCGGACUCUGCCGUCACUGGGUGCUUUCCGCCUUGCCUACCGCGCCAUAAAGCUUUGGGCCCUUCAGCGUGGCGUCUACUCGUCCAAAUUCGGAUUUCUGGGCGGAAUUCAUAUCACGCUCAUGCUUGCAUCUAUUUGCAAAGGAUUGGUUCAUGUAGCGGGUGCGGUCACAGCACCCGCUCUUGUAAAGAUUUUCUUCCACCAUUACGCCCACUUUGACUGGAAGAAUGACAUGGUGUUCGACCCCUUCUUCCACAAGACGCGACCGCGUUACCACAGGAGUGCAAGGGAGCCAAUGGUCGUGCUUGGCUAUCACGCACCCAACUCGAAUGCGGCACAUACAUCAACUGGUCCUGGUCUCGCUACACUGGUCAAGGAAUUCAAGAUAGCGGAUCAGCGCUUGUCCGCUGUUGGAAUGAGCUGGGACCAGUUCUUCACCGUACCCGGUGGCGCAGAGAAUUACCUUUCUGAAUUUCUCGGCUCGCAUGACGGAUAUGCGCAGAUCAGCAUGCAAUACUGGGGUCGUUCUCUUUCUAGAGACAAGGGACUUAUCGGCUGGGUAGAGUCCCGCUCUCUCCUGCUUGUCGUCGAUAUUCACAAAGCCCUUCCAGACAUUGAAGUUCGAAUAUGGCCUUCACGUCUCAGUAACCGGGGACCCGAAAAUACAGAGACCGGUUACGAAGGAUGUUUCGUCAUCGGAAUUUCUUGGAAAUCAUACGCCACCAAGGAUCGAAGAUUGCAAUUGUUCGAGUCCUUGCAAAAAGCGUUCAGCCGGUUCCUGGACACAAUCCGCGGAGAGGAGAAGAAUUACGAUCGUAAUACCUGCUGGGUGGACAUCUCGUUGGUGAGCCCUGCUCAGGUGAAAGAUCUUCGUCCUGAGAGCACGGACUGGGGCGAUUAUGUUGCCGACGCUGACUUGGACUCUGACGAUGAAGAAGAUGAUAUAGGAAACUCAAAUGAAGACAGCCAUCAGCCCACUAUCCCCUAUGUCCCAAUCCGGCCGCCUCGUACCUCUGCCGUCGAGGUAAAAUCCAAGCUUCGGCCCGCAUCCGACGUGUUGAAUCGUCUGCGUUGGGAUCCCGGUUGUAAUCCGGGAGCUUUCAUCGUAGGAUAUGAGGAUCGUUUCGUGGGGGCGAAGGAGAUGGACCUCGAAAGGUGGAAGUCGGAGAGUACUCAUGACGAGUUUGUGCCUAUGCAUAGAAUCCUCUACUUCAGGAGGAAAGCCGAUGGAGUGGUCGUCUGGGAUAGAAAUGCGAGGUUGGAUAGGAUUUUUGGUAGUGGGAUCGGUGAUAGGGAGUAG